AUGAACAGCCAGCUAGACAAUAAACCCUUUGACAUGGCGACAGCGACUAAAAUCGUGACAGUAUUCACAGGGGAAGAGGAUGAAGACAUUUGUACUUGGAUAAGAGACCUUUUACUUGUUGCUGAAGUGAACGAAUGGACAGAAGAUAAUAUUUUUAGAGUGACCAUUUUAUGCCUACAAGGGAAAGCACGAUCAUGGGCAGCUCAGAUCUUAAAAGGAAAAAUGUCAGGACUUACUUUAGAUGCUUUGUUUGAUUAG